AUGCAUUUUAUUUUAAAUCUCACCCGAAGCACGCGUACUUUGCCGUUACGUAACAUAAUCCUCGCUUUAUCGGUCGUAUCACGCGAAAGAACGAAUUCGCGCCACCGAAAUAACUCCCGCUCGUUGAAGACGAUGAGGGAUGAUAAAAACAUCUCAAGAAGAGAGAAAGGUAAUGAAAUUAAUCAAGCGGCGGGCGUGGAAAUUCAGCCGCGUGCAGUAAAUAGCUUUCGCUUAAUUCGAGGGCCAUGUGCGGGCAUAACCGCACCAUAUUUAGCCCAUUAUGCACGGCGCGCGAGCCGAUGCGAGUCACGUCGCUCGAAACGAAUCGCAUGUGACAUUAUUUGUGAAGAUCGUGCUCUAUCUUCGUCGGCGACGGCCGGGACGUGGGGGGAUUACUCACAAAGAAGUACGAUUUCAACGGUGGGAUAA